AUGGAAACAGCAAAGCGUAGAACGAUAGAAUCCAUCGUCUCGAAGCUCAGCUCCGUCUCCGAGCAUACCAGAGCAGCCGCUUUAGCUGAGCUCAGACUCAUCUCCAAACAAGAUCCCGACAGCCGUCUUAUCAUCGCCGACGCCGGCGCUAUUCCGUACCUCUCCGAGACUCUCUACUCGUCGUCGAAUUCUUCUCAGGAAAACGCCGCCGCCACUCUCCUCAACCUCUCCAUCACCUCUCGCGAGUCGCUAAUGUCCUCUCGCGGCUUACUCGACGCGCUUUCUCACGCUCUCCGCCACCACGACACCAACACCUCCCCCGCCGCAGUCCAGUCCUCCGCCGCCACGAUUUACAGCCUCCUCAUCGCCGAGGAGUCUUACCGACCUAUCGUCGGAUCCAAGCGAGACAUCAUCUUCUCCCUCAUCCACAUCAUCAGAUAUCCAGAUUCGCAUCCCCGAUCGAUCAAAGACUCGCUCAAGGCACUCUUCGCGAUCGCUCUCUAUCCGAUCAACCGAUCGACGAUGAUUUCCCUCGGCGCGAUUCCGGCGCUCUUCUCGCUGAUCGUGAAGGACUCGCGGUGCGGGAUCGUGGAGGAUGCGACGGCGGUUAUGGCGCAGGUCGCUGGAUGCGAGGAGAGCGAGGAAGGGAUGAGGAGAGUUCAAGGAGCCACCGUUCUCGCGGAUCUGCUAGAUCCCUGCACUGGCUCGAGCCUCCGGAUCAAGGAGAACGCCGUUGGGGCGCUUCUGAAUCUGGCGAGAUGCGGAGGAGACGAAGCGCGUUCGGAAGUUGCGUCUGCGGUUGCGUCUAGCGCGGAUGAAGGAGCUACGGAAGGGAUCGUGUACGUGGCGGAGAACGGAAGUGUGAAAGGAAGGAAGAAAGCAGUUGAUCUGUUGAAGCUCGUUGUAGCCGGCAAUGGCGGCGAUUCACGGUUUGAUUAUCUCAUCAAUGAGAGUCCCAAUAGUAGAAGCAGCUGA